GGUUUCAUUUCCUCAAAAACCGAGGCAGGACUUUUCCGUUCAGAGAAAAAGAAACUGUUGUUGAGCUGUCGUAUGUGCCUCUCUUUCUGUGUGUACAUGCAGUAAAAUGGCAGAAACUAAUAUUUCAGUGGCUCAGGACCAGUUCUGCUGUCCAGUCUGUUUGGAUUUACUGAAGGAUCCAGUGGGCCUUGCCUGCGGACACAGUUACUGUAUGAGCUGUAUCACAGACUGCUGGGAUCAGGAAGAUAAAGAGGGAGUAGGCCUAUACAGCUGUCCCCAGUGCAGACAGACCUUCACCCCAAGACCUGUUUUGAACAAAAACACUAUUCUGGCUGAAAUGGUAGAGAAACUGAAGAAGCCCAAACUCAAAGGUACUGUUCUUUCUCAGUGUUAUGCUGGUCCUGGUGAUGUGGACUGUAACGUCUGUACUGAGGGGAAAAACAAAGCCGUCAAGUCCUGUCUGGUGUGUCUGAACUCCUACUGUCAGAAUCACCUUGAAUUACACGACGAUUUCUUCAAAGAAAAGAGACACGAUUUGAUAGAUGCUACCGGACGACUCCAGGAGAUGAUCUGCUUUGAACAUAAAAGACUGCUGGAGGUUUUCUGUCGUACUGACCAGCAAUGUAUAUGUAUGAUGUGCAUGAUGGACAAACACAAAAACCAUGACACUGAAACAGCAGCGACAGAGAGGCAUAAUCUACAGAGGCAGCUGGUGGAAACCCAGAGUCUAUUCAAGCAGAGAAUCCAGCAGAGAGAGAAAGAGCUUCAGGGGCUCAGAGAGGCUGUGGAGUCUCACAAGCGCUCUGCACAGACAGCAGUGGAGGACAGUGAGAGGAUCUAUACUGAGCUGAUCCGCUCCAUUGAGAGAUGCCGCUCUGAGGUGACACAGCUGAUAAGAGCUCAGGAAAAGGCUGCUGUGAUUCAAGCUGAAGGAGUUUUUAAACAACUGGAGCUGGAGAUUGCUGAUCUGAAGAGGAGACAAGAUGAGCUGGAGCAGCUUUCAAACACAAAUGAUGACAUCCAUUUCCUCCAGAGUGUCCAGUCUUUCUCUGUUCUUCCUGAAUCCACAGUCUUACCCAGCAUCAGUUCUCUCCUCACUUUUGAUAAUGUUGGAAAAUCUGUGUCUCUGCUAAGAGAUAAACUUGAAGAUUUCUGCAAAGAAGUGAUGGAAAAGAUAGCUUGUAGAGUGAGCUGUAUACAGAUCAUUUCUGCCCCUGAUCCCACGACCAGGGAGGAGUUCUUACAAUAUUCGUGUCAGCUCAGUUUGGAUCCAAACACAGUGCAUAAUCUCCUCUGUCUGUCUAAGGACAACACAGCGGUUACAAACACCAGAAAAGUCCAGAAGUAUCCUGAUCAUCCACACAGAUUUGAUUAUUGGGCUCAGGUGUUGUGUAGAGAGAGUUUGUGUGGACGCUGUUACUGGGAGGUUGAGUGGAGUGGGAGCAAGGAUGGUUGGGUGGGUAUAUCAGUGUCAUAUAAGGGCAUCAGCAGGAAGGGAAUGGGUGAUGAGUGUGUGUUUGGAUGUAAUAAUCAGUCCUGGAGAUUGAACUGCCUUCACUCCACUUACUCAAGCUGUCAUGAUUCCAUAAAAACUGCAAUCCCUGUAUCCUCCAGCUCCUCUAAAAUAGGAGUAUAUGUGGAUUACAGUGCAGGAACGCUAUCCUUCUAUAGCGUCUCUGACACCUUGACCCUCAUCCACAGAGUCCAUACAACAUUCACGCAGCCUCUCUAUCCUGGUUUUAGGGUUUAUGAUGGAUCAACUGUGAAACUGUGUGAUCUAAGAAAAGAGCUGAAACAGUGAUUCUAUCAUACUAUUAUUACUGUAUAUCACAGCUUUGAGCUGCAUGAUUCAGUAGUGACAGUGAGAUAGUAUAGUCUUUUCUAAUCAAUAAAUCAAUAGUACAGCUGCAUUCUGUAAUUAAAUAGUAUGUCAAAUAUUGAGAAAAACAUUCUCAUAAGAAAAAUCUGAUACUAGUUGUAUUAGGAUAAGAAUAAAUAUUUAGGAAUUACUGAUCCAGCUUAAUUGGCU